AUGAAUCGGAUCCACUAUGAGCUGGAGUACACCGAGGGCAUCAGCCAGCGCAUGCGCAUCCCCAACACACUGAAAGUGGCCCCCGAAAACCAACAUCGGCUGCUGUCUCAGCCCCUGGCCCCACACAUGAUGCAUGUACCAGAGAGGAUUGUGAUAGCAGGUGAGCAGUGUGUGCACUCUCAAUGGAAGUGUUUAUCAGCAGGGUGGUUUUGUUGUGAAACCUGGAGAGAGCCUUCUGGUUGUCAGGAUGGUUUUGUGGGGAAACCUGGAGAGAGCCAUCUGGUUGUCAGGAUGGUUUUGUGGGGAAACCUGGAGAGAGCCAUCUGGUUGUCUGUGGGGAAACCUGGAGAGAGCCUUCUGGUUGUCAGGAUGGUUUUGUGGGGAAACCUGGAGAGAGCCAUCUGGUUGUCUGUGGGGAAACCUGGAGAGAGCCAUCUGGUUGUCAGAGUGAUUUUGUAGGGAAACCUGGAGAGGUACCCCCCCAAGAAAGUAAUAUUUUGAUUUAUAUACAGUAUUUUUUAUUUUUUUUUACUUAAAAGGAACUCAGUCCGGCUUUCAACUUACUGUUGAAAGUUGUAAUAGUAGAAUGCACAAGGUGCAAUUUCUAAAUUGGGUAGAGCAUCAUCAGUUUUCCUCAUCAUGUCAGUCAUUGCAGACCUUAGAGAGAUAUUUAUAACUUGUCAGAAAUGUCCAGAUCAACUAGCCCAUGUCAGCUAAUGUUUUUUUCUCGUUUUUUUUUGUUGCCCAUAGAUUGUGUUGUAAUGUUUGAGUCACUCCUAUCACAUGAAUGCACAUUAGACAUGCCAAAAUGUAUAGAAUUGCAAGAAGAUUAGGUUUAAAAUCGCAAAAAUUCUCUGCACCCCAUGUGUAGAAUUGCAGGAAAUAAGCUUAAACCUGUAAAAUUCUCUCCACCAACAAGAGGGGUGUGAACAGUUUGUGUCAUGAAUAGUGCUUGUGCGCAUAGAAAUAGAUGUGGUGCGGGGGGGGGGGCAGGAUGUUCCCCAAUGCAGGAAAGGGUUUGGGAACCCCUGGCCCCCCACAUGAUGCAUGUACCAGAGAGGAUUGUGAUAGCAGGUGAGCAGUGUGUGCACUCUCAAUGGAAGUGUUUAUCAGCAGGGUGGUUUUGUUGUGAAACCUGGAGAGAGCCUUCUGGUUGUCUGUGAGGAAACCUGGAGAGAGCCAUCUGGUUGUCAAGGUGGUUUUGUGGGGAAACCUGGAGAGAGCUAUCUGGUUGUCUGUGAGGAAACCUGGAGAGAGCCAUCUGGUUGUCAAGGUGGUUUUGUUGGGAAACCUGGAGAGAGACAUCUGGUUGUGUGUGGGGAAACCUGGACAGAGCCAUCUGGUGGUCAGUUGGGUAGUCCAAAUGCCAGUUGAGUCAUUGUGCUGACAAGUCCAGCUAGUCCUCCUGUUUCAAUCCGUUUUCUUCCGUUUGUUGACUAAUGAACAUGACCCUGUUCUCCUUCCACCGUCUCCAGGGGACGAUGGGGACUCCCGUUACUCCCGGCCCAGAGACCUAGACCUGAUCCAGUCCACUCCUCCUGUGGAUUUACUGGACAUGAAGGCACCGCCACGCAUCCUCACCCUCAACGAACAUUCCCUGGACUCCCUGGAGACGGACCAGGCUCCCACACCACUGGCCCACGCCACUCAGGGGGUGAGUCUGAGUCAACGGUGUGAUGUCAUUAGAACUACACAGAGCCAUAGGUGGUUCUCGGGAAAUGAGAAAUGUUCAGCAAAAAAAAUACUGCUUUCGGCUUUGCUAUUUGGAGCGUUCUAACCGGGGUCCGGUUACUCAUUGUUUUUGUUUCUACGAUGCUAACACUAAGCAGCGGGUAAGUAGACCAACCCAUACUGUAGGUUUGGGCAUCUUACUCUAAGGAUCCCCCCGUAGUAACAGAUCACUUCCUAGUUAUCCAUUACUACGUUUCUAAUUAGGCAGAAAUAGGCUGAUCACUUUAGAAUCUUAGGCUAAAAUGAAAAUAUAGCGAUCCCAUCAUAAUAAUAAAUAAUACAUCAUACAUCCCUGAUGUGCCCCACACACAGGUCCACUCUCAGUCGCGGCGGGAGCGCACUGUGAGCGAUACCACCAGCAUCCGCCAGAGAGGCCCGGCCAACAGAACUGACGUAAGGUAAGCACCAGCCCAGGUGUGAGGGAAGUGUUGGAAGAGUCAUCGCUUUCUUUCUCGUAGUUUAUGAAAUGCCUAAUUUCAGCACCCAGAACCAAAUCUUGUGUGUGCGCUUGCCAGCUACUUGAUUUGGUUCUGGGGGCAAAAAAGGCUUUCAAAUCUGAAGUAGACAAGUCCACGCACCCCCACUGUCAAAGCCCCAGCCCCUUCCUUUCUGGAAAGUACCCCUGUUUUUAUAGUAUUUGUAUAUGCUGCAUGCUAACAACAUGGAGGUAUAUGACAAUGUUUUCAAUGCGACUAUUUUGCAGGUAAGCAGUGUUUAUUAAGAGUAUUUUCAGGGUUAGAAUCCCUGUCCCCGCUUUUAGCACCACUUCGGCGAGAUUAUGAUUUGUAAAAAUAACCGCUGAAAAGGUCGCUGGUUCGAAUCCCUGUGUCGACUAGGUGAAAAAUCUGGCCGAUGUGCCCUUGAGCAAGGCACUUAACCCUAAUUGCUCCAGUAAGUCGCUCUGGAUAAGAGUGUCUGCUAAAUGACUAAAAUGUAAAUAAAAAUGGUAUCCAUGAGUUCAUCUGACUCUCGGUCUUCAUUGCCAACAUCCCCAAGUAUCCCUUUAACAUUUAAAUGUCAUCUGUCACAGGAAGAAUCUCAUGAGGACUAAACAUUCAAAUGUUACGUCUUUCCUUAGACUGUGGGAUUUGAUGGAGAAUGUGAAACAAUUAUUCCGGUGUGCUGGUUUUGGACUAAUCAUAAUUUUGCGGGGGAGUUUUUUGAAUUUUGGAAGGGGAGAGGAUAUUUGGCCCAUAGACUUGCACGAGACUGGGGUGCUACCAAAGAGGAUCCACUCUGGUUCCAUCACUCACACUAGUAAAACUUCUCCCCUAGAACCAAAUCGAGUAGUUGGCCGGAGGCCAGAUUUGGUCUGGGUUGCCCAGAUUAGUCACGAGAGACUAUGAAAUGCCUUUCUCGCUGCAUCUCUUUCUCAAUUCCUUGCUGUGUCUUUGCCUCUUCCUCUGUGCUAACCCCUCUGUUUGUCCAUUUCUCUACAUUCUUUCAAUUCUCUCUCUCUCUCUCUCUCUCUCUCUCUCUCUCUCUCUCUCUCUCUCUCUCUCUCUCUCUCUCUCUCUCUCUCUCAGUGUAACCCUGUCUCCCGUUGCCCCCUCUCUCCGUGCCUGUCCUCCACUGUGUACCCCUGAGGACGUGGUGAACCUACAGUACAGUGCUGGAGGGGUCCUAUCCUACAUCCAAUGCACCACGCGCCGGGCCUACCAGCAGGUCCUGGAGGUCCUGGAGGUCGACAACCACCGCAGGUGACCCCUUGAUCUCCUCAGCCACACACACUCACAAUGCUGCAUCCUGAUUCUCCACAAGUGUGCACUUGCACACUGCCGGUCAUGGAUUUAAAAGCAUAGGACUGGUGUAAACACUGACUGGAGGGAGUUUCCACCAUUUUUAAAUCUAUGUGAGAAAGUGUGCAAGUACGCACACUUCAGGAGAAGGACGGAGAAAUGUGUGCCCCAUGCUUACUCUAAACUAGGAUGAGAUAAAUAUGAAUUAUCUCUAAGUAAGCUGUAGUGAGUAGCUACAUCUCUUUGGUCAAUUUUAUCUUGCGACUUCAGUCAUUCUCUAGGAUAACAUCAGACAGCCAGUUGGUUUACAAUAGCCCCUUUUUAUAUUUGUUCAUAACUCAUGAUGACUUUGUCCUUUUUUCCGCUGAAUCAAGGUGACUCUUGACCUGUGUGUGUGUGUGUGUGUUCUAAUGGAAUGGCAUUAGACUGCAUAGUUAGCUCAUGUUCUCCUCUGUUAGCUCGAAUACUGCUGUAUUGGCACAAAGCCUGUACUUACCCUCUCAAUAAUGAAGCUGACUCACCGAGUCAUGACAUCUCACCUUUGGGCUGACCUCGAAAUGGUGAUGGCGUGUUUAGCACCACUAAAACUGAUUUGACCGUUUUUUCAAAGUUGAAAGACCAUUAAAAUGCUCUCAGUCAAGUAUUUACAAUGUUACUAACCAAGCCAAAAGGAAAAUGCAGUCCAUCAGUUGGGGAAACGCAUUUUGCUUCAGUAUGGAGAUGUUGGCUUUUGCAGUGUUGCAGCCAGUAAAGAUUAAAAUGUAACAUUUUCAUAUACGGUAAAUCCAUUUAUGUUCUGUCAUAUUUUCAAAGUAUUAUAGUUGUGUUCUGCUUUUUGUUUUCUGUAGGGCUGGUCACUUGACCCUCGACAUGGACAUGACCCCUGACGAUUCAGGCUUAGUGGACGCCUCGUCACUACGGCGACAGGUAGUCAAAGCAUUGUACCUUGUGUUGCCCUCCUAUCCAAUUAUAUUUCUUAAAUGAUUGAAUACCUUCCAAGUUAUAUAUUGAUCAAAUGAAUGACUGUCCCUAACACAUACUGGGUUUCAGAGGAGGCUGCUGAGGGGAGGAUGGCUCAUAAUAGUGAAUGGAAAGGUACAAACACAUUCCAUUCUUUCUGUUCCAGCCAUUACUAUGAGCCCAUCCUCCCCAUUUAAAGUGCCACCACUGGCAUUAGACUGCUUUAUACAUAUGUAAUGUAUAAAUUGAUAAAUUGGCUGACACAGAAUUUGAGUCAAUUCCAUGUCAGUUAAGGAAAUGACAUUUUGGGGAUGUCCUGAAUUGGUGUGGAACUGACACUCCCUCCAUGACGAAAUAACAAAAUGGUCCCCAUAAGGAGUUUUCAAUCCACCAAACUGAAUUUAUUUUUAAUUCACUGAAUGGACUGAAUCAGCUGUUCUGAUGAAUCAUCCUUUUAACUAACUGAUUCACUACAUUCGUUAAUUCACUGAAUGGACUGAAUCAGCUGUUCUGAUGAAUCAUCCUUUUAACUAACUGAUUCACUACAUUCGUUAAUUCACUUGCUCGUUCAGAUUGUGAAGCUGAACCGACGUCUCCAACUACUGGAGGAGGAGAACAAGGAGCGCUCCAAGCGAGAGGUGAUCCUCUACUCCGCCACCGUGGCGUUCUGGCUCAUCAAUACCUGGAUCUGGUUUCGA